AUGAAGCUAACUUCGAUUCUUACCAUCGCCUCUGUUGUUUUCGCUUUCGUUCAAGGCGGAUCCAGCUACGCGACCUCUCCGGUAACCAUUGUUGCUCCAGGAAACAACGAGACUCAAGCAGAACCCAGCUACGUGUACUCCAACCUUUCCGUUUCCGAGCUAACCCCAGCCAAUGGCUCCAGCGAAACCAUCCCGAUUUCGCCCAAGACCACAAGCAUCGUACCAAGCGGCUCAAAGACUUACGCUGCCGGGCUACGAUCCAGUGCGGCGGGGAACAACUUCUGCACUGCCGCCCUUAUCAGUCCGACCCACCUACUUGCCGAUGGCGAGCAGAUUAAGGUCGUGGCGAUACUGCAGCACCCGAAGAGCUCGAGCGCGAACUUCUCAAGCGAUGUUGCAAUUCUCAAGCUGGAGAGACCGAGCAAGUUCAAACCCGUAGCGCUUGCAACAGCGGAUGACUCCGAUGUGAAGGACGGCGAGUGGGCCGCGAAAAUGGGCUGGGACACUGCGGGCGAAGGCACAAUGGCGAAUGAGCUUUCACGCGCUAAUGUUCAAUUGAUGAGCAAUGCCAACUGCGCCAAGGAGACAACCAUUGAUGACACGAUGCUGUGCUCGCGAGGAGUAGCCAAUGAAACUUCUUGCACGGGUGACUACGGGGGCCCUGUGGUUGUGGAGCGCCCCAGUGGUGAUGUUGUGGUGGGUGUCGUAAGCUGGGGUAACGACUGUGGUCAACCGGGGUACCCUAGUAUCUACUCUAGUGUGUCAAGUGCACGGGCAUGGAUCGAGUCCGUUGCCAGUGGUGUCUGCUUCCACUAA